GCUAUGUUAUAAACCGCUUGUCAACUUCAUGUGGCAUCCGUAUGGGCGCACACUAGGCGUUGCGUAUACCAUGUUUGCUUCUGCAACAGUGGGAGAAGGGGCAGGCUUGGAUGCGCAUAAUGUAGCUCGACCGCUUAAUAGAUUGCGAAGACGUUCUUGCAAUCAUAACGCUAUUUGUGCCAUGAUAUGCGCAAGCCUGGCGUGCAGCUCGGUGCUGUUUCUGCCAACGUGGUUCAGCCGAGGACUUGAAUUAUCUAAGCCAAGCUGGCGAUUAUCCAUCGGCCAGGCCUUCUUAGCGCUGUUUGUCGGUUUCGCACUUGUCGUGGCAAGGGUCGGCUUAUUACGGUUGUUGAGCUCAAUCGGCCUGGUCGCUAACAGAAUCAGGAUAAAAGACAAAACAGCAUCCGCCGGCAAACCCCACAAGCCCCACAAACCCACCGCCGGCAGCGCAGACGCCGGCGGCACCAGCCGCCGCACCGGCCCCCGCACCGCCCGCCCCCCCGCCUCCGCCGCCCUCUCGCAGGCCUCCCUGGACGCCCGCCGCGCCGCCCUCAACGCGCAGCUGGCCAGGCACCCCAUGUCCAGCCUGGCGCACUACAACUGCGCGCUGGAGCUCACUCGCCACAUCGACAAGCUGGUCGUGUACCCCUCGCCGUACAGCCGCGCCCGCAGCGCCUACAAGAUCCCCACCGGCGAGCCGGAGGAGGCGCCGGAGGGCUGGCGGGGCGCCGUCAUGGAGGCAGCGGCAGCGGCGGCCGCGGCAGCUGCUCCCGGGGCCGGAG